UUAAACUGGAAUAAAGGCUGGUCAAUAUGAAUGCUGUCAUGACAUAAGAAAGAAAUACAUUCAGUAGGUGGCGGUAAUGCAUCGGAAGGUGUUCAGUCCGCCGAACAAAACGGAAAGAAGAAAAGCUGCGAACUGUGGACGGUCAACCUCUGUUCUAGUGGUGUAGUGUUUCCUUAAAAACAUGAUCAUGAUGGCUUUAAAAGAAUGCUCCAGGCUAACCAGAAUACUUCCACUUAUUUUGCCGAAAAGGAAUUUCAUUGCACUCGGCUACCCUAGAACUAGAAGAUCACUUGUGCCUUGUUCCUCUUGUUCGAUCCGAUCCGUUUAUGUGUCGUCAUCGAAUGUGACCUUAAGCAGGGGAAACUUGUUGCGCAGUUAUUCCUCGACAUCGGAAACGGACAUCAAUGUCUCCCGUGAGCAGUUAAAGGAGCUACUCGCUAGUCGGACCGGUGUGGUCAUCGAUGUCCGUGAACCGUGGGAACUCCGAGAACACGGAAACAUUCCUGGAACAGUAAAUAUUCCUCUUGGACAGGUGAAUCAGGCUUUGCAGCUCACCCCAGAGGAGUUCAAGGAGAAAUACGUAAGGGAAAAGCCAUCUCACUCUGACAACAUCGUCUUCUCUUGCAUGGCUGGCAUUCGUAGUAAAACAGCCCUGGACACAGCUGUCUCUCUAGGAUACUCCAAUGUACAGCAUUAUCCAGGUGGAUGGCAAGACUGGGCAAAUAAUCAGCCGAAACACUGAAGUGUCUUUCACCAAAUACCUAAGUACCUGGUGCCAUCAUUGGUUCUCGAAAAUUAAGAAAAUAAAGGACAGCAUAAAAUAAACCAUCUACUUUAAUCAUAUUCUUUAAAUGGGGUCAGUUGAUUUCAGUUUAUUUGAUAUAAUGACAGUAACUGUCCUGGCUCUAAAUUAACAAAAUAAUUUUUUUUGAUACAAUCUGUCAUUUCUGACCUUAUUCCCAGUGUUGGGACAAAUUCAAUAAAAAUAUCUAAUACAAAUUAUUUAUAAUAAGUUAUAAUCUAGUUAAAAUUCACACAAUUGUACAUCGACACACAUACAGUAUUUGACUGAGGUUAUGCAUCUUUUGAGUCCUUUUUAAAAAACAUGUGUUUUGAUUUGCAUAAUCUUUCAUUCUGUAAAUUGUACUCAUUUUUUUUUGUUUGAGUUGCAUUUAAUAAAAAAUGAUAUAUUAUCAUGUAAUGAUAAA